AUGCGUUCUACUACCUACAGCUUGGCUACUGCCCUUACUCUCUCGGUCGUUCUUGCCGCCCCUGCUCCUCAAGAGCUUCCCUCUGUCCCUGGUCUCCCCUCUCUUCCAGGUCUUCCUUCUCUCCCCGGUGCCUCUGGCCUUCCCUCUGUUCCCGGUGUUUCUGGCCUUCCUUCCGUUCCCGGUGUCUCUGGCCUUCCUUCCGUUCCCGGUGUUUCUGGCCUUCCUUCCCUUCCCGGUGUUUCUGGCCUUCCUUCCCUUCCUGGUGUUUCUGGCCUUCCUUCUCUUCCUGGUGCCAGCGGUGUUGAGGGUCUCGUCGGUGGUCUUCUUGAUACCGUUGUCGGUCUCCUUGAGCCCAUCAUUGCCACUCUUGAUCCCGCUGCCGCUGCUCAAGCUGAGGCUGCUUUGGCCAAUGCUGGCUUGAAGGUCCGCCGUCAACUUCCUACUGGCGGUGCUGCUGCUCUUGACGGUGCUGGUAACGAGGUCCUUGACGCUGUUGCCAGUAUUGUCGAGCCUCUUGUUGCUGUUCUCGACCCUUCUGCUGAGACUCAAAAGGGUAUUUUCGGUAUUGAGAAGCGUGAUUUCCACCACGGUGAACACCACGGUAACCACCACGGUGACCACUCUCACCCCCACCCCCCUACUCCUUCCCCUAACAGUGAGGUUGACAACCUUGUCGAUGGUCUUGACAGCACCAUUGACUCUCUUAACCUCUAA